GUGCGAUUUUGCUCUCAGGUUUUUUCCGUUUUCUCUCCUCGUCUCUCAUCUUCAUCUGAACGUUUUUGGAAAGAGGUCGUUGAUAGAAAAGACUUUUGUUUUGGGCUAUUUUGUGUAAUUUUCCUAAAUUUUUUGUGCAAAGUAGAGAGAGAGAGAGAGUGAAAGUGAGAGAAAAACAUUGAAUAGGGAAGAGUGCGAGGGAAAUGGUAACAACGAAGAAGAGAGAAUUUCGGUCAGAGACGGUUUGUUCCGCUUAAAUGGUGAAUCCGCCAUUUCAUUUGGUCGCGGUAAGCGUUUCUUGGUGUUCUUGGUUGCAAAUUCAUGUUCCAUGAACUCGCAUUCCCAUCCGUUGAAUUCUCCUCUGUUGGCGCGCCAUCGAGUGAUUUCAAGCAAAUCUUGAUCGGGUCUGUUUUUGCGAUUUGGAGAUUCUCUGAGGUGAUUGAGGAUUUCCGCGGAGAUUUUUACAAGGAUGAGUUCUAGACGACGUCCACUGCAAACCUGUGUGGUUUCAUUUCUGGCCGUAGCCCACAGCACCUGCUCGAGAGCUCAGAAUCUUGAUGGACGGUUGGGUUCAAUAACAAGAAAGAUGGUCCGGAUAGCCAAGCUUAUGAAGCCUUUGAUAUUUGUCCUGCAAUAUCAGUGCUUAUUGGUCCUCUCCUUCAUUGAUGAUCGUUUACUAGCAAUCGCUAACAUUCUGGAGAAGAUUUUUCCUCCAUUCAAACUCGUUUUUGAUAAGAUUGACCAUCUUCUUCAUCUGAUCGAAACUUUUCCAUCAAAAUUUGACGAUGCUGUUGACGAGAUUCCCUGCUUCAACCAGGUUCUGUUACUAGAUUGGACAGUGACCCACGCCAUCUCUUUGCUCAAGUUCAUGAUAACCAUACUAAUGAACUGGGGGAGAGAUGGAACAAGAGAGAAGGAAAUUUUGGUUGAUAUGAACUACAAAGAGGGUCGUAAAUCUGAAUCAACUGAUAAAUCUGAAUGCUGCUCAGAAGGAAUUGUUUCAUCUGUAUCUGAAACACAACAAGCUGAAGCUGCCAUGGAUGAGAAAAUGAAAUCUAACUCCGUGAAGGGGACUUGUAAAGAAGUUCUGAAAAUGGAUGAAGAUUCCAAAGAGAAUGAAAAGAGCACUAACGGAGUGGAGAAGGGAACAAGAAAUGAAAUGGAUGAUAAAGAAGACUGCAAAAACAAUGAGAAGGGCAAUUCUAAGGAAGUGGAGAAGGGAAUAGAAGUAGUGGAAGACAAUGAAAGCUGCAAAAAGGAUGAGAAUAAUGAGAACAAGAUGAUUAGAAUGGAAGAAUCUGUUGAAAAAACAGAAGGAAAUGAAGAAAUUCCAGAUGAAGGGAAUUCAAGAGUGAAGGAGGAGAAGGAAGAAGAAGAAGAAGAAGAAGAAGAAGAAGGGCUAAUGGAUUAUGAAAGUGAAAAGGGAAGCAACGGAAGCAUGGAGAUUUUGGAGUUGUUUGAGACUGCUUGGCUGAUGAAACCAACAAUAAGGGGGCAAGGAAACAUGAUGCCUCGUUCAGCUUCAUUUCUCUGAAACUCUCAACAUUUGAAGGUUUGUGUUCUUUGCAAAACUGGGUUUUUGUAAGGAGGUUGUAUAUUUUGUAUAUAGAAUCUUGAUGCUGUAUAAAUGGAAUUGUUUUUGGUCUUUUUAAUUUUACAAAAGUUUUGAGGUUUGUGAAUCAUAACAGAUUUUAAUUAAUUCCUUUGUUUCAUUAUCAUUAU